AUGGGCUUCUCAACAACCCUGGCUCGUCCGCUGCAACUGGCCACUCGCGCCAUGCAGUGGGGUAGUGCUGUCAUUGUCAUGGGCCUGACCUCAUUCUUCAUCAACCGUGGUCCCCGUGGCCAGCAUACCAUCUACCAGGAAGUCAUUGCUGUCCUCUCGGUCGUCUUCUUCCUCCCAGCUUUCAUUUCGCCUUUUAUGCCAUCGUCGUUGGGCAGAUUCGUGCUCGCCAUCGACGUCAUAUUCUCGUACCUCUGGUUGACUGCCUUUAUUUUCUCGGCACAAGACUACAGCACAAGACGGUGUUAUCACGCUAUCCCCGCAGGCCUCAACUGCAAGCGCAAGAGGGCCAAUGAAGCUUUCAUCUUCCUAGCUUUCAUCUUCACCUUCUUCGGCAUAUUCCUUGAAGUCGCUGCCCUUUGGGCCUAUCGCAGGGGAAACACUCACAUUCCCCCACGCACCGAGGAGGAUAAAGUUAACUCUGGGACCCGUCCACCUCUUGAUGCGCCUGCAGCUCCUGCUGGAACUGUCUGA